AUGGUUCUUUCAAAUGAGAAGUUGCCUAUGAAGUCUUUGAAUCGAUUUAAAUGUGUACACACAUCAUGGGCCAUCUUAUUUAAAAACACUUAUUUUAUGGACAUGUAUCGCAAAAGUUUCAUCUCUAAUAAUUCAUUUUAUGAUGACACAUGUCUACUCUUAAAGCAGACUUUGCUAGAUUUUGAAAAUCAUUCUUUGUUGUAUUUAUUUCCUGAUGAGGGGUUUGACAAUAAGGUCAAAAUUGAUUGGCCGCCUCCAAUUCAAGAGGAUGAUUGUGAUAUUAAUAUUUUGGGUUCUGGAAUUAAUGGCAUUAUUUGUCUCUAUGCCGAAUGCAUUAGUUCGAAAAUUGUAUUAUGGAACCCAGCUAUUCAAGAAUUCAAAGUCAUUCCUUCCAACCAUGUACCACCUUAUGUAAGCAUUGUGGAUCAACUUCAUGGAUUUGGUUAUGAUUAUGUUAGAGACGACUAUAAUGUGAUUCGAUUUGCAGAGUUCUAUGUAGAUCAUAAUUAUUAUUUAAAUCCUCAUUUAAAUAAGGCCUUGUCAAAGGUGGUAUAUGACCCUUCAUGGGAGAUGUAUAGCCUUAAAAGUAAUUUUUGGGAGAAACUUGAUUUGGAUAUGACAAAUCCUUAUCUGAGUUGUCCUGGUGUUCUAGAGCAAGUGUACGUGAAUGGAGUGUGUCAUUGGUUGGGCGGAAAUGAAAGAGAUAUUGAUAGCUUAUAUUUGGUAUCGUUUGAUUUGGGUAAUAAAGUGUUCUUUCUAACACCGGCGCCUUCUAUCGUGGAUGAUGAGAUUAAUAAUGUUGAAUCCGUCAGUACUUAUUUAUUAUUGUUGAAUGAAUCGGUUUCUUUGAUAUCUUAUUAUGCAUGGGAGAAUAAUUUUCACGUAUCAGUUCUUGGUGAAAUUGGUGUGAAAGAAUCAUGGAACAAACUCUUCAUUGUUGGACCACUGCCUUAUAUUGGACGUCCUAUUGGAGUAGGAAAAAAUUGCGAUAUAUUACUUGCAUUAGAAGAUGAAGAACUAGCCAGAUGUGAUUUAAAUACCCGUACAAUACAAAAGCUUGGCAUUAACAGGAUGUUCUUUAGUUGUCAAAUAUUGACUCGAAAAGGUCAAGUUUAUGUGCGGGAUAUUGCGUGUGAAGAAAGUUUUGUUGAACUGAAGAAGUUGAGAACUUCUCUAGUAUUAGUUUUGAAUAAUCCAAGUGAAUUGUUGGUGGUUUAUUGUGAAGCUUCUAAGACGGUACUUGGUUGCGUGCUGAUGCAGAAUUGUCAGGUUGUAGCUUAUGCAUCCAAACAACUGAAGAAAUCAAAGAUUGAACAUCAGAAUCCUUUAGAAAUGUUACAAUCGUUGCAUACUCCUGAGUGGAAAUGGGAUAACAUUUUUAUGGAUUGUGUGUCGGGUUUGCCAAAGACUACUAAAGACAAUCAUUCCAUGCAGAAGUUAGCUGAGAUGUAUAUUGAGGGGAUUGUGAGAUUACAUGGUAUAGUGUCGAUUAUUUUAUCGAAUAGAGAUUUGAGGUAUACGUCGAGGUUUUGGAAAAGUUUUCAAGGUACUUUGGGUACUAAAUUGAGAUUGAGUUAUGCUUAUCAUCUAGAGAUGGACUGUCAAACUGAGAGGAUUAUCAAGUGUCUGGAAGAUUUGCUGAGGAUUUGUGUGUUGGAACAGGGGGUGCUUGGGACAUCCACUUGUAAUUGA